AUGCUUGCUUUCUUCCCCUUCUCUCCUUACGCCGUGCAGCAGGAGGGCGUAUCCUUCUUAAAGCGCUGCAUUGCUAACAAAGUUCCUGCCUUUUUGGACGCCCCCACAGGGACCGGGAAGACGGCGAUGCUGUUUCACACGGCGUGGGAUUGGAUCAAUAGCCUGGAAAACUUGGUAGGCACCCAUUCUAAAGUGGAAUCUGUGCAAUCUGGUGCAAGUACUAAGCUGGGUAGUGUCAACAAGCUCCCUGACUGGGCUGUAGAUGCCAGCGAACAGGCGGCCGCUGAGUUGGUUUCUGCUUCGAGGCACAUAAACAGGGCCUUUGUUGGGCAACUCCUCCAUAUAGCAGAGUCUUACGCAAAUCCAGAUGCUUUGAAGACUCUUUUGGAGUACGCCUCCAAGAAGCACACGGACCCUAGUCUUACAGCUGAGCCACUACGUAAGCAGGCAGCUGCAAACUCGUAUUCGUUCCUCUUUGCAUUUCUGGGUCUGGACAAGAUCUUGUCUCUAGACACUUAUCUGUCCCUCACGCAGCCACACAGUGCUAUAGAUGGCCGGGGCCAUCCAGAGAAUGGUGCUACGGGCUACCUGGGGAAAGGAUGCGUCCUGCUUUCGACGCGAACACAUGCGCAGAUAGCACAGCUUGUAGAAGCAUUUCGCCGAUUCAGAGGGAUCAUUGAGAAGCAAGGACCCCAGAAAUUUGACUUCUCCACUGCCCCCGUUGUAUCGCUGGCUGGGCGAGACACAUACUGUCUCCAGUCGUCUUCAGGUGCAGACCUAGAGGAUCUUGGCGAACUCUGCGAAGACUUGCGCAAGAACUCCAGGUGUAACUAUUACAGCCCCGCCAAGGUGCUUGUGGGCACUGCAUUGUGUCUGUCUGGGAUACGCUCUCCUUCAGCGUUCCGUGAACGUUGCAGCGCUCUCGGUGUAUGCCCAUAUUAUAGCGCUAGGCAUGCCGCAAUGCAUGCUUCUGUCGUGCUUCUCUCUCACGCGAUGCUCGUGGAGGAACUGCAUGGUGCUGCAGGAUCGUUAGGGCUGUUAGAGUCGGCCCCGCUUCUCCUUUUAGUGGACGAGGCACACGCCAUGCCCGGGGCCUUAGACGCUCGGAACUCGUGUACUGUUUCCGAAGAUGAUCUGGACUGCUUUAUCAAAGCGCUCAAUAAGUAUCUUCUCCAGACGCGCUUAGGCCUUCCCAAUCCAACAGCACGCCUUUUGGACAGACUGGCGACAGUCCUCGGCAUAAUUAGGAAAUAUCUAAGCAAAACGGCCACGUGCGAUGUUCUUACCCCAAUCACCGAACUAUUAACCUCACUCAGACUGAGGGGAUUUGACUUCUGUGAAGCUCUCAAUCUUCUUCUAUUGAAUAGAAUUCCACAAAAACUGUGUGGAUUGUGCAAGGAGUCAGACAUGACCGAUAAGCCGCGCCAGAGAAUCUACUCAGUUGUAUCCAUGAUCCGCAUUCUUGCAGAGAUUGACACGCGCGAGCUGUACAAAACUUACGUGACCGGAGACCGACCCAGGACACUACAUCUAUAUAAAUUCAGCUCCCCUGUGGACAGCAAGACUAGGUCUCCUUUCAGAAGAUUGUUUAAUACAUCCAGGGACGGCCGCAGAGACUACGAAGCGCAGAUAUGUUUUGUCUCUGGAACACUAGGUCCCUUCUCUUACUACAGUAGGGAGCUUCUUGGUCAGCCAGCAGAUCCGAACAGCUGCUGCUCCAUAGAUCAUGUGGCAGCCCCCAGCAGAACCCUCAUUCAACAGGUCUCGCUGACUACAAAGGCCACUGGGCAGCAAAAAGCCCUCUUUGUUGCGUCAAGUUGGACGCCUGAGCAAGUAGAUGUUGUCUUCCAGAAUAUUAUGGAGAUUGCCAAGAGUGGCAGAGAUUGUACUGGUACACUGGUCUUCUUUCCAUCGUACCGCAUCGUGGAGAAGAUCAGAGACCGCUUUCUUAUCUUCUCAGCAUCCUUGACCAACAAAUCCGUCCCCGCUGUUUUCUUUGAGCGAGCAGGAGAGUCUGUUGACAAACUAAUGGAGACCUAUGCACUAGCACUUGGUAGCUCCAGGUGCAUUUUGUGCGCCAGUGCAGGAGCCAGGGUGAGUGAAGGCUUGGACUUCAAGGACAACCUAUGCCGCCGCCUCGUUGUUGUAGGUAUUCCGUUUCCCAAUUUGGGUGACCCAAUUGUGCGGGAAAAACACAGACAACGCGGCGAGCAAUUUCUUAUGGACCAUGCGUUCACGCUUGUCAACCAGUGCAUGGGACGAGGAAUUCGCCACAAGGAUGAUUGGUGCAGCUUCAUCCUCUUUGAUAGCCGGUUCGCUGAGCACACCGAGAGACUGAGCUCUUGGAUUCGCAACCGAGUGCAGCCGGUCGACAGUAUUGAAGGCGCCAUAGAGAGAAUCAGAGAAUUUGAGGCAACGUUUGCUUAA